AUUGCACAUGGUUAACCCUUAGAAAUUCCCAAAAUUUAAUCAUAAUCUACUCUCCAAUUCACAAUUGUGUUUGUUUAUGCGCAAGCCUAAGUAGUAGAAACCGUUGCUAAGCUUACAAAAAAGCUUACAAUUGACAACUUAAUUAUAUUUCCUCAUUUCGUCAACUCUACUUUCUACUCAACACAACUUCCACUUUGUUCAACCUCUAAGAUUCUUCCCCUUUGAUUUUGAUUUAGUAUCAUCACAAUUAUUCGAAUUUCUUGCUUGUUUGUUUUUUUUUAUGAUCCCUUUUUUGUGCUAAUUUCAUCCACAGUUUUACCGAUGAAUUCUGCUGCAGAAAUCAAGCACCCCUUUUCUUAAUUAGGGUUUUUAGCAAUCGAAUUGAUAAAAAUGGAGAACUGACCAAAAUUCUUCUUCGUGGUAGAGAAUUUUGAACUGGAAAAGAAUCAAUUUGAAGAAUAAAAAAAUGGCAUCUGCAAAAACAAAUUUGGUUAUGACAGUGAUUGGAUUUGUAGUUAGCACUUUGUUUAUAGUGUUCAUUUGUACUAGACUCAUCUGUGCUCGGAUUCAAUUACGCGCUUCUCGUCGAAAUUUCCGUCGCCAUUUUGCGUCGUCUAGAUCUAAUCUCAGUACUUUGGAGCGGGGGGUGCACGGUGUUGACCCUCCGAUUGUUGCCAAUUUCCCGGCGAAAAAGUACGGUGACGCUUAUUUUUCCUCGGCUGAAAGUGGACAGUGCUCGAUUUGCUUGGCUGAAUAUCAUAAAGAAGAUGUAUUGCGUAUACUCCCUUACUGUGGCCAUUACUUCCAUAUAAAGUGCAUAGAUAUAUGGCUGCUGCAGCAUUGCACUUGCCCAGUUUGCCGGAUUUCAUUGCGUGAGACUAGUGAGAAGAAACGAUCCAUGCAGUUAAUGUCAAGUUCUAGAUCUCAUCUUGACACCAGUUUACAAGCUAUAAGCCCACGUCAUUGUAGAUAUUUAUCAACGACUCCUGAAAUUCAUAGACCAGAUCCUAUUCAAGAGGACCAGCUGUUGUCUCGUGUUGGAAUCCAAACAACAAGAGGUAACACGCAGUUAGCUGAAGAAAAUGGUAUUAUAAAAGAUUCCACCGACAAGCAUAUAGAGAGCCCAUCAUUUCCAUAGGUGUUGGUCUAAUUCUCCAGCAUCCUUUAGGGCUUCCAUGUUAUCAAUGUGAAAGUGUUGCCAACCAAGUACAUUGCUUGAUUUUUUUGGAGUCUUUGAAGCUGGUUUUUCUCCUCUUAUGGGCUAUAGCUUUGUACAUAUCUUCUCUGUCGAUUUAGUUCAAGGUUAUGGGAGGAUUGAUGAUUGCCAAGCACUGCAAAGACCUGUUAGCAAGCACCUUCUGAUAUUUGAUGUCCACAAGUUCGGCUAGGUGGCAGUACUGUAUUUGGAUAUCACGUCUGUCUAUGACCACGUAGCAUGUAUGCUCUUAGCACAACAUCAGUGACAAUUCCAUUAGUUUCCUUGUUCGAGAGUAGCAAUUCUAGUACAAGUUUAGGUGCCAUCGUUUUUCAUCAUUGUGCUGACUGUGUUCAGUUUAUAGUUCUGAUUGACAAAUAGGAUUUAGAAGUAACAAUGGUGUACAUAGCAAUGUAUAGAUAUGUGCAUAGAUGGAAAUUGUGAAUCCCUUGAAUCUGCCAUGCCUUACACGAGGCUAAUGACUCUGUUUUGCUGUGCACUACUGAGGUUGUCGUAAUGUUGCAAAACCUGUACAAACCUUCUUAUACAAUGUCCCCUUUUAUUAAGAAUGCUUUGGUAUCGGAAGUUUA